AUGGCCUCUCCCGCGCUAAUCUCCUCCGGCACAACAUGGCUGUCGCCACCUCCUUCUCCGCUCUCAGAAGCCGAGUUAUCAGUCAUUCCUACCGAUGACCUGGGCAUGAUUGCGGAUGAUGAAUGCUCGUGGGGCAAGGCUCAAGCUGGACCAGCGGCAAAAGCAACCCGCAAACGCAGAGCUGCUGGUACACGCCGCAAGGUCACCUAUGUCUCCAGGCAUUUCGUAAUGGAGGCGUCCAAAGAUGAGCAACAGGACAAGCAUCUGAUGGAGCAAGACAAGAUGCUUGACGAGACAUUGGCUGCAGACUUGGAGAAUGCUUCGAUCAUUGCUACACCGCCGGAAACGCCUGCCCAAAACCGAGUAUACUAUGGAAUCAACGUCGAUGAGCUCUCCUCGGAUUCAAGUCUCACGGAUGUACCAGAUGAUAUUGGGCCUGACCCAUUCUUGCCACAUCCUUUGUCCCCUCCGGCUGGUCCUAGAACCGGGGAAGUCAAGACGAAACCUAAGAAGGCCCGGGUGUUAACGACAUCGCCCUACUUCCCACAAGCGAACAAACAUCGACCUACGUUUCUGGCGACAUUGCCAUUCCCGCCUCUUUCCCAUGAUCGGUUCGGCCUGAUGCAAGAGAGACUGGCCCAUGACCCAUUUCGUCUUCUUAUCGCUACCAUCUUUUUGAAUAAGACGCCUGGAGAGCGAGCAAUGCCCGUUUUCUUUCAACUCAUGUCACGCUACCCUACCCCGGUAGAUCUAGCUAACGCUGAAGUCAGCGACAUUACCUCGAUCAUCUACGGCUUAGGGUUUCAGAAUCAACGGGCGAGAAAAUGUGUCGCCAUGGCAAAGGUCUGGCUCGAAAACCCCCCCUCACGUGGGAAGCGAUAUAGAAAGCACAACUAUCCGUUGAAAGGUGACGGACGAGAUGUCAAGCAGGACGAAGUCCUCGAUGACCAGGAUGAACGUGUGGCAUGGGAAAUCUCCCACCUGCCUGGACUGGGUCCUUACUCUCAUGACAGUUGGCGCAUGUUUUGCCGGGAUCAGUUGAGAGGAGUGGCCAAGAGUUGGAACAGCGAGGGGGCAGAGAACCCUGACGCUUUUGAGCCAGAGUGGAAGCGAGUCGUUCCAUUGGAUAAGGAACUACGAGCGUACCUUACUUGGAUGUGGUUAAAAGAAGGCUGGGUUUGGAAUAAAGAGACUGGAAAGCGAACCAAGGCGAGUGAUGAGCUUCUGUCGAUGGCAAGAGGAGGCGGGAUCGUGGUGGAAGAGAAGGAUUCUGCCCAUCUGAUCGUCAAAAGCAUUCAAGAGGACAAUGUCGAUACCCUGAAAGAGAAGAGGAGAGUUGAACGGACCGCUGGAGAAUAUUUGCCCCAGAAUUCGACCCAAAGGACAUGA